UGCAUCCUGGCCAAAGAUGAUCCGGACUAUAACCCGUCAGAAAACCUCCGGCCAGACAACGUCACGCAUUUAAAUGAGUUCUACAAUUGGGUACUACAAUGGCACCGCGGAAUUCAAGCUCACGCCACUGACGGAUCGUGAUUACGAUGAACCUCCAUGCGAACCUCUACGCAAUAUCAGCGUAACCUCCAGCUGGAACUCGAUCCUUUCCAUCAUAGAACCGGGGUCCAAGAAUAUUGGCUCCAAUCCGGUCAACCUGGUUUUGAAUUCUUUCCUGCCUAAUUAUGACUGGUCAAAGUCCCCACGGCUAGGGCUUCUCUGGGGAAAUGAAGGGCUCCUGUGGCCCUUACUGUCUGCCAUACCAACGUGGUCAAAUGAAUCGACAACCGACAACUUCAACCUCACUUCCUCCAAGGCUUCAUCUGCCUUCCAUCUCUCAGGAAUGGUUAAUAAAGGUGCCUCAAGCUCGUCCUUUCCCAUGAGCAACUUCUCCUUCCCGGCUUGUAACUCGAGCAUGGAGACCGGUAACUGGACAGUUGAGUUGCAGGUUGGGAAAUGGCCAUUGACGAAGGGCUGGUCGGGGUUCCGACUUCCAACGACGAAUACUUCUUUCAAUGAUCGGACAGCGAAUGUGUCGAUUUCCGGGAUCUUCAGGGCUACUGCAUGGUUGCAUACGAAUGCUUCGCGAACUCUUGCCGUUGGGUCGAGCAUCCUUGGCAGCUUGGAACUCGAAUUCCGUGGAAUUCUUGAUCCUUAUCACUCAGAUGUACUCGACAUGGAUUCCCCUACUCCUAAGUGGUUGCGUACUGUUGGUUUUGGGAACAACUCGCUCAAUAUCGACAAUGAUGCGACGAGCGCUGCUGCAACCUCGUGGGCGUUGAGAGGUGGCUCAAUCAUUGUACUGCCUGUGCUGUCUCUUAUUUUGAAUAUUUCAUAAACAAUACGGAGGCCUACCUGUCAGGAUACUGAAG